GAAGUUUGGGGAAAAUGGCCUGUGAAUUUAAUCUAAACUUCCUGAAGGAACUGGAACGGGAAGCUGUUCUGGAAGUCCUAUACCGUGACCAGAUGGUGAGAAAAACAGAGGAGGAAAGAAUAAGGAAACUGAAACUGCAGCUGCAGCAGCUUCGGUGGAAAGGAGCAAGAAAUGUAAGCCAUGCCUACCAGGAGAGGUCUUGUGCUCGCUGUCAGAAAACACUUGGGUUACUGAUGGGCAGAGGUGCAGUAUGCAAUGGGUGCAGUCAUCGAGUGUGCUCGGCGUGCCGUGUCUGCCUGAGUCCCUGCCUGUGGAAAUGCACCGUGUGUUACGCCCAUGGAGAUGUGAAAAUAAAAGCUGGUGAAUGGUUCUUUGAAGAACGAGCAAAGAAAUAUCCAGGUGAAGGCAAUCAUGAAACAGUUGGUGCAAAGCUCUUGAAAUCUUAUCAGAAACUGAGUAAAAUUUCUGUUGUACCUCCAACUCCACCUCCUUUCACAGAAUCCACAGCAGGAAGCAAUAUGACAGUAAAUGAGCUUGGGCAGUCUAGAAGUUUUAAUAAAUCUGUGGAAAACUUGUUUUUGUCUCUCAGAACACACAUCAAAAAAAUCUCUAAGUCCCAGAAUGAUAUGGCUGACCGAUGUCACCUAACCACAGAUCAUGGCCGCAGCAUGGAAAGAAGGAAGCAAAGAAGAAGCCAGUCUGACACUGCCAUCAACAUUACAAGCAGGAUCAAAAGUACACCCAGUCUUCAACAGCUCAUCACUGCGACCCCAAAUGACAGCGAGAUUCUGACCGAAAGGAAUUGCAAGGAGGAGGAAGACAUAACAACCAGUCCCACAAGUGAUGCAGUUUUCUGUGAUGGAAGAAAGCAUGGGAGUUUGUAUAGCCUCAAUAGCACUUGCACUGAGUCUGGCAGUUUUGGCAAGGCUGACAUCACGGGAGAAAUACAGUUUGCCAUAAGAUACAUCUUCAAAGCUUGCAUCUUAGAAGUUUGCAUCAAGGGCUGCAAGAACCUGGCUUACGGAGAGGAGAAGAAGAAAAAGUGUAACCCGUAUGUUAAGGUUUAUUUACUUCCUGAUAAAUCUCCUCGGAGCAAGCGGAAGACAGCUGUCAAGAAGAGCACAGUGAAUCCAGAUUUCGAUGAAACUUUGAAGUACAAGAUUGAAUACGCCCAUCUGGGAAGUCGGCAGCUUCAGAUCUCGGUGUGGCAUGCAGGAGCACUCAAGCACAGGGUGUUUCUGGGGGAGGUGGUGAUUCCACUGGCAGCAUGGAAUUUCGAAGAGAACUCAGUGCAGUUGUUCAACUGGUACCAGCUCAAACCCAAGCUUGAAAAGCUUGAAGAUGAUCUUACACAGCACAAUGGUGAACUCCUUGUGUCUGCAAGGCUGUCAGUACCAGGCUGCCAGUCCCAGUUUGAAGGAAAAAAAGGCCAAGCAGUUCCCAACUGCCAGCUUCAGCUUAUGAUAUUUGGGGCCAAGAACUUGCCUGUGCUGAGAUCUGCUGGCACAUUGAACUUAUUUGUUAAAGGCUGUCUUAUCCUUCCAGACCAAGCAGAGGUAAAACAAAAGUCUCCUGUCCUGAAGAGAGAAGCCUGUCCCCAGUGGAAACACUUGUUUGUCUUUGAUGGUGUUACUCCAGCUGAGCUACACCACUCAUGUCUACACUUGACUGUCUGGAACCAGUCCACUUUCAGCUCAAGUGACCAGUUCCUAGGAGGAGCCAAGCUUGGUGCAGAGCAAUCGUGUGGCUCUGCAGACCUUGUUUCUCAGUCACUGCUCCAGUGGCAGGAAGUGCUCUGCAGCCCCAACACCUGGAUGGACUUUACACUUGUACUGCAUUCAAAUAAGGAAAACUUUAAAUCAUGACAGAUUACUGCACAGCAAUAUUUCCUUCUUU